AUGGAUCGUAAUAAUCAUCAUCAACAUGAAGAAAUAUCUGAAGCAACCAUGGUGUCUCCCUCCUCUUCUUCCUCUUCUUCCACCUCAUUAUCUACAACAGGGGCCACGAAUCAUGGAUCGCAACACCAUGCAUAUUCAAUAUUAACCAUCCAUGAUGAACCCUUACCACCUCGACCACCGGAGCCCUUCACCAUCAUGUCCUUUGUUCGAUCUCGCAUGGCUUUUCGACCAGCCGUUCCACAUGAUCCUCGUUUGUUUUCAGCAAGGCAAAAACGUUGGAUUCUUGUAUGUUUGGCAUUAGGUGGAUCACUUAAUGGAUUCUGCUCCACUAUCUAUUUUCCAGGCAUCCCAGAAAUCACUACCGAGUUUGGGGCAUCCGAUAUCGAGGUAACUCUUACGACAUCCUUGUUCAUGCUAUUCGGUGGCAUUGGUCCAAUCAUGUGGGCAUCCAUGUCGGAUUACUACCAUAUUCGAAGGUUUCUGUAUCUUGUCUCACUCCUGAUUUUCUCGGUGGCGUCCGUUGGUUGUGCCAUAUCACUGAAUGUGUAUAUGCUUAUCAUUCUACGAUGCGUGCAAUCAGUUGGAACAUCGGUGACGGUAUCGGUGGGUGCAGGCACUGUAUCCGAUUGCUGGGAAAUCACCGAACGUGGUGCUGCAUUCAGUAUCCUAUUCAUUGGUCAAUUCUUUGGUCCUCUUGUUGGACCUAUACUUGGCGGAGGACUUACUACUGUACUUGGCUGGAGAUCUACCUUUUGGUUUUGUGCUGGAUAUGGUAUCUUUUUGUUUACCUUUUUAUUCUUUUUCCUUCCCGAGACGUAUCGAAUGGAGGGAAAAUGGGAACCUCUUGACGCAGAGAAAAGACAACGCGUGCAACAACAACAACAAAAUGGCUUGUCAGCAACCGAAACAACAACAACAACAGCCACCGAAAGAAGUAGCACCAAUAACUUGACAGUGGAUGAAGAGCAACAACACGUGGAUAUUGGUAGCACCAUUGCAACGGCGUCUUUGACGGGCAUGUCACCUACAUUGGAUACACCCAUAUCGGAUUCUUCAGGACGCCUACGUAAACUUAACCCUGUGCGUAGCGUAUUUCUGUUACGGCAUCUAUUUGUGUUGAUGAUUGCUCUCGAAACGGGCAGCUGUUUUGGUACCAUGUUCACUAUUGAAACGGUGAUUCCCGAUUUGUUCGAAACAACGUAUGGCUUUGCAUCAUGGCAAACGGGUCUUAGUUACCUUGGAGCAGGCAUGGGCAACAUUUUAGGAUCCUUUGUAUCGGGACGUGUAUCCGAUUACUUGCUUAAACGAGCACGGCAAAAACGUGGUGGUACGCCCAAGGCUGAAGAUCGACUUACUAUCAAUGCAUGGCCUGGUGGUGUGGUAUUGGUACCAUUUGGCGUACUCAUGUUUGGGUGGGGUGUUAAUGCACAAUGGAUUGUAUGGAUACCCAUCUUGGCAUUUGGAGUUGUCUGCUUUGGAAUGAGUCAAGUCUAUGCAGCAGGUAUGGCAUACCUCGUUGAUUCAAUGCCAGGUCAAGGUGCAUCGGUGACAGCGGCAUCAAAUUUAAUGCGCAUGAGCAUGGCAGCUGUGCUGAGUCUUAUUGCACAACCCGUAGUCGAGGCUAUAGGCCCUGGAUAUCUCUCUGUACUCCUUGCUGGUCUCAACAUGUUUGGUAUGUUUCUCUUUUUCGUUGUCAAGAUGAAAGGUCAAGACAUGCGACGUUGGGCUGGCUAUGGUGACAAUCAAGCAUAG